ACUGCUCUCUCACUCUAUAGACUUUUCAGUUCUAAGUCCUCUCUCUCACUCUGUUGCGUUGAACGCUGCGUUCGAUCACCGGCUUGCUUGACUCUCAGGUCUUCGAAGUGGUGGUGAAUUCUGAGGAUUAUAUACCAUGGAUAAUGAUAAAGAUGUGGGCUGUGACUCUGACUCGUCUUAUGUCGUUGUGAGCGAUAACAAUUCUGUGGGUAGUGAUUCUGAAAAUUAUGUAAUUUUGGGUGGUGAAAGUUAUGUGGCUACUGCUUCUGUAGAAAAUCUAUGUGAUGUAACCAAGCAACAGUUGAAGAUUGUGGAUACUGACAUUUCUGUGGGUACGGAUUCUGAAGAAGAUCUAUCUGAUGAAAGCAAACAACAGUUGAAGAAUGUAGAUAAAGACAGUUAUAUGGAUACUGAUUCUGAAGGAUAUCUAUAUGGCUGUUAUUUGGGUUCUGAUUAUGAAGAAGAUAUAUUUGAUGAAAGUGAACCACAGAUGAAGAAUGUGGAUAAUGACAGUUAUUUGGGCACUGAUUCUGAAGAAGAUCUAUCUGAUGGAAGCGGAGAAGUGUUGAAGAUUGAGGAUAGUAGCAAUUAUGUGGGUACCGUAGUCCCUGUGCCUCGGUUGAGGAUAAAAUGUUAUUCUUCCAAGUUUCACACAUAUUCAUAUAAAAGAAUUGGUCAUAUAGAUGAUUGUCCUGAAGACAGAAAGCAUAUUAAGAAAAUGAACAUCAAUGAUGCUGCAAUGGAGUAUGUUCUUCCUUUCCUCCCUGCCAAAAUACUUUGCAGGUUGAGAACUGUUAGCAAACAAUGGGAUCAGUGGAUUGGUAGUGCUUUCUUCAGUCACAAGCAAACUUACUACUUCAGGGACAUCUCUGGUCUAUUUUGUCAACUCUCUGGUGAUUAUCCUUUCUUCAUCUCGCUUGAUCGUGAUGCUUAUGGCGUUCCCAGUUCUUCCCUCACGUUCUUGCCUAAACCAGUUACUGUAAGAACCACUUGCAAAGGUCUGCUAUGCUGCCAAACCUGCGAUGGAGAAGAUACCUACUAUAUCUGCAACCCUCUGAACAAGCAAUGGAAAGAGCUUCCCAAGCCAGGCUACUAUCAUGGGCCUGAAUCUUUCCUGGCACUAGCCUUUGAGCCUUCUGUGCUUGAUUUUGAAGCAAAAUUUGAACUUGUCUGUGCCUUCUCUGUACCUGGUCAUAUGGGUGUCUAUUUUGAUAUAUUUUCUUCAAGGUCCAACUCUUGGGAACUGUCUGACGCAGUAUGCGAUGAGCUCAAUGCUUUGGAGCUGAGUGGGAAUGGGCUCUUUUUGAAGGGUGUGGUCUUUUGGGAAACAUCAACUGGGCACAUUCUGGCUUUUGAUUUGAAGGAGAAGCAAUAUGGUAUGAUGCUACUCCCUCUCGGCAGUGGACCACAAGGUGUUAUGACAGAGAUGAAUGGGGAGCUGUGCUACAUUCUGCCUUGUGAAGAUGAUGAUGGUCAGUACACCUUGGAAAUCUAUGGCGAUAUGUGCAUGAACCUGAAGCGCAGGAUCCAUCUUGUCAGUGAGGUUUUCAACCAUGUUACUAAAGGGUUGAGGGCUUUGGCUUGUGUGAAUGAUGAUGUGGUGGUAAUUCUUCUUGGAGGGUACCUGAUUGCUUAUCAUGUGAAAGCAGGGGAGAUUGAAACACUAACAACUGGCAGGACCAAUGCUGGAUAUGGAAGGUUUCUUCCAUACGUGAACAGCCUUGUGGCGAUUUAGUUGGCCUCUCUUCUCAAUGUUGCUUGCUGCUGUCCUAUACUGCCAUUUGUGCAAAACCAUGAAGAAAGAAGGCAUUUGGUAGU